AUGCUCAGCGGGCUCAUCAGCGGCCUCUGGCGCUCCUCAGCGGGGUCCGCCGACGAGGUGCGAACGACAGUGGGGAGCCCCAGACGGCCUCUCUCCGGCAGUUCGGAUUUGGCAAAUGCCCGAGUCAGCCUCUACUUAGUGCGGGGUGCACACGCGACGGAGCUCUUCGUCUCUGCCUCGCUGGCCUUCGAGAAUGAUGGAGAACGCGUGCUGGUCAUUCGAGGGGUGUCUGAAGAAGGGCGGGAAAGCGAAGAACGCUUCCCAUGCCCUCUCAUCCGCCGCGUUCGCCAUCACCAAUCCGACAUGUUCCAGUGGAUGGUGGUCAGCGGCAAAUCGAAAGGAGACGACGUGGGAGAUGAGUACGGCCUGCUGUUUGAGCGCGAUGAGUACGCGUGGCUGUUUGAGAGGGUGCUGAUUCAGAAUCUGUGCGCAGAAGCUGACGAGUUGCUGGCGAUCGAAGGCUCUCUUUCCGCGUACAGGCGCCUCGAGAAGAAGUGGGAGUUGCUCUCGGAUCGCGUCGCCUGCCGCCUGGUUCAACGGCCCCACACGCUCGAGGGUUUUCUUCUGAUUCGCGACGCGCAGCCGCAGGAAAGUCCUGAGAAGUCGAAAUCGGAUGGCGGCGCUCCCACGAGUGAGGACGCGACGCAGUGGCAACUCUCGCUGUCCUACGACGAGUUCAUCACCAUGGACUCGCAGAAGAAGCAGAUACAAUGGUGGGGGCCUGGGGCGCUCUGUGCGGAGGGCGAGGAAGACGAGGGCGGCGGCGAGAGACAGCUGUUUGAGUUGCGGCUGCAGGAGGCGGAAGUGGGCACAAAGCGAGGAGACAGUGGAGACGACAGGAGCCACCAGUUCUUUCUCCUCAUCCAAAAAGUUAUGAUGGAAGCUGCGGAAGGCGCACGCGUCGACGACGCGGCCCUUCAAACUGUCCAGGCCAUGGAGGCGUCUUUUGGAUACGAAAGCGACGCCUUUGACCGCACCGUGAAAGCUCGCGAAGAAGACUUUGAAGUGGAGUGGGACGACGCUCAGUCGGAGGAGGCGACAGAUGAAGAGACGGAAGCGAGCCUCCCUCUCGUUCAGCGCGACCCCACGCGCGACGUGUGGGCGAAGUGCCCUGACGCGAUGCUCUACAAGCAGAUGAAUGUCGGCAAAGACCGAACUUUCGUUUUCCGACAGACCGGACAGGCGUCUCGACACCGGAAAAACGACGUCCAGGUUCUCGCAUUCGAUGAGUUCGGAAAGACCCGCACUGUCGCGACACUCGACGAUUCUAAGUUCGAUUUCAAGAAGCACCACGUCAACCCGGCGACGGCGCUGCUCCAUGAUGGGGAGCGGAAAAUGAUUCUCGUCGACGAAGGACGAGAGAACGUGUACAUGAUGGACGUCGAGCGCGAACAAAUUGUGCAGACGUGGGAUGCAAAUCACAUGAGUAUCGGUGGUGUCAUGCCGUCAAGGAAAGAUGGAAACCAAUCGCACGAUCGAACAUUUGUCGCCUACAAUCCACAAGCCAUCUUCUGCAUGGACACUCGAGAGGCAGCAAGAGCCAGGACACACACCAUCUCGUAUGCCUCCAAAGUAAACUUCACCUGCGGAGCGACGGAUGCAGACGGCCACAUUGCCACGGGAAAUGCAGUUGGAGAUAUUCGUCUUUACGACGGUGGCGUGAACACGGAGGGAAAGUACAAGAGAGCCAAGACGCACCUCAAAGGCCUUGGCGAUCCGCUGCUUCAUGUUUGCGCACUGCGUGAUGGAUCUUGGGUGCUCGGGACUUGUCAGAAGUACUUGAUUUUGUUCCCCGUGAAGCUCUCCAGCUCUGGGAAAACGGGAUUUGUGACGGCGCUCGGACAGCAGAAACCGCCUCCCAUUGUCCUCCGCCUGCGCUUGGAAGACAUUGCUUUCUACAACUUGCAGGAGUUGAGCUUUACAAAGGCCGAGUUCGAUGACGACGAGUCGACGAUUGUCACGUCGACCAACAAUCUCGUCAUCAUAUGGGAUUUUGUAGCGGUGAAACGAGGAGAUUUGUUCGCGUACUCCAUUCGCAAGGUCCAUGAGUACAUCAAAGACGUCGCCUUUGCCAAGGCCUGUGCGGGGGAUGGACGUGUCAUUAUGGCGACUCCGUCGAAUGUCAACACGAAGCCGCUGAAGAAGAUUGUUCGCUAG